CCCACCAAAAAUUCUCCAAGCGGAAACAAGUUUGGAAAGAAGAAACUCAAGCCAAGGCAAAGGCAGACAGAACAGAUCACCGCAGUAUUAUCCCUCACUUGUUCUUCCGAAUCUUGUGCUGCACUUCUACAAAUGAUAGAGCAUUAUCACAAUGACCACAAAAUUUACAAAAUGGGCGGGCUUCCAAUCGAGAACCCUUCCUCUACUAUCUCUGUGCAAUCGCAGAAAGACGAGGGGUCUGCUACUGCUUCAAAGCCAAAGAAGAAGAUCUGUUGUGCUUGCCCAGAGACCAAGAAGCUGAGGGAUGAGUGCAUUGUGCAGAAUUGUGAAGAUUCUUGCGGAAAAUGGAUUGAAGCUCACCGGAGAUGCCUUCGUGCCGAGGGAUUCAAUGGCUUUCAGGUUAAGUGUUACAUGAAGCAACUUUUACGGGGACUUGAUCAUUGUCAUGGUUGCAUACAACAUACUGGAGAACAGGGAGUCGUUCACAAAUUCUAUGUUGUCUCGAAGAUGGUUUUCUUGGAAUUUUCCAGCUAUUGCAGACUUGCAGUAGAAAAUUUUCUUCUUGUUGAGCAGUAGCAUAAAAUGUUUAAACUUUGUGGAUUACCAUCAGAAGAGUAUUGGAGAAAAACCAGAGUUGCCCCAUGCAUCGAUCUUCAAACCCCAACAUCCUUACAAUCGACGUGUUGCUGAAACCUUCAGUGAUUUCCCUUCACCUGCAUUUGGUCAUUGAAGAGUAAGGUGGAGGUGGCAAAUCAAGGAGUAGCCAAAAUCCUAUACAUUCAUCAGAAUCCAAGUCAUUUUGAAUAGCAAGAAAGUGUAAGCCCCCACACUC